UGCGACUGGUCGCCUCUAUCGCUAGAACUUCCAAACUAUUCAUCCCACCUUUGAUAAGCUCAUAGAUGCGCAUAUCAAUUCACGAUCCCCGAAAUGUCGAGAUUCGUGAUCAACUACUCUUUCGGCUUGCUAGUAGGCUCUCAGAACGCUUCCAAACUCCUCCAAGACCUGUCGGAACAGCAUGUCGCGCACAAUUCGCAUAGCCGCUGCACAGGUUGGCGCAGUCCAUCGCACUGACAUCCGUGAAAACACACUGGAUCGACUUGUUCGCCUGCUCAAUCAAGCUGCUGAGCAAGGCGCACAGGUUGUACUAUUCCCUGAAUGUACUUUUACUACCUUCUUUCCUCGUUAUCUCAUCACCAAUGAAGCGGAACUCGAGUCGUUCUUCGAACAUGGCGAUGUGACUACAGCAGAAAACACGAGACCUAUCUUUGAACGAGCUAAGGAUUUGGAGGUCGACAUCUGCAUCGGAUUUGCAGAGGCCACAGAUGACGGCGAUCACUAUAAUUCCUGCGUCUAUUAUCACGCCAAGUCCGGAUCUAUUCUGUCAAAGUAUCGAAAGGUGCAUUUACCCGGGGACGUUGACCCUUUCCCCGAACCCGAUGCGGUCAAUCAGCUUGAGAAGCGAUACUUCAAGCCAGGAAAUUUGGGGUUCAACGCCUUCCGAGUACCCGGCCAGAUGGAGACUACAUCCAAACAUGGCGAGCCCAUCUUCGGCAUGAUGAUAUGCAACGAUCGACGUUGGGCAGAAGCUUGGAGGUGCUUGGGUCUUCAAGGCGUCGAAGUUGUUCUCGUCGGCUUCAACACGCCAGGCUUUGCUCCUCAAAUGUGGGGUGCAUCUCCUGAUGUGAGUUUAGCUGAGGCACGUGCUGAGGCCAUCUUCCAUCACAAGCUAGUCAUGCAGGCCCACUCAUACACCAAUGCAUGUUUCUCCGUCAGCGCAGCGAGAUGCGGGUUGGAUGAUGGGAAGUACGAUCUAGUAGGAGGUUCGACUAUCGUUGGGCCUGAUGGGAAGAUCAUUGCUGAGAGCAAGACGGAGGAGGAUGAAGUCAUCAUCGCUGACUGCGACCUUGAUCGAUGUCUGCCUGGCAAGACGCGGACGUUUGACUUUGCGAGACAUCGACGAACGGAGCAUUAUGGCAUGAUGACUUCGCAAACGGGCGUUGUCGAACCGCCGCGACUGUCACAACCAGAAAGCGUCCAUCAUACUACCGGAAAGUCCGUGAGCGAUGGUGAUCGUCAAAUGCUGCGGUCCGUCACAGGUGCCGCGUCCUCAAAGCACAUCCGCGUCCUCCUCUGCAACCCCAACGCCACUGAAUCAAUGACAAACGCCUGUCUGGAAAUGCUGAAACCAACACUCCCACCCGACGUUAUCGUCUACGGUUUCACAUCCCCGAAGCCAGCACCAUCUACCAUCGAAGGAAACUUCGACAACAUCAUGUCGGCAGCCGCCGCCGCCCGAGCCAUCCUACCCAUCGCGAAUCAAUACGACGCGUUCCUCGUAGCGUGCUACAGCGAUCAUGCGCUCAUCAAGGUCCUCAGAGAAGAGCUCUCACAACCGGUCGUUGGUAUUAUGGAGGCCUCGCUGUUUGCCGCACGAACGCUGGGUGGCAGGUUUGGCAUCAUCGCAACGUCACGGCGGUCGCAGUAUACGCUAGAGGACUCCGUGAAACACUACGGCCUGGAAUCAUUCUGCACUGGAGUGCGAAGCUGUGAUCUUGGGGUUUUAGAGUUGGAAUCAAAACCCGAGAAGGAAGUGCUUGGUGUCAUGUGCGAUGUAGGCAAGAAACUGGUUGCAGAUGGUGCCGAUGUGCUGACGCUAGGGUGCGCUGGCAUGACGAACAUGAAAGCCGCUGUUGAAGAGGUGGUCGGAGAUGAGGUGCAAGUCAUUGAUGGCGUGCUGGCUGGCGUACAACAUUUGGUUGGUCUUUGUAGACUUGGGAUGCGAACGGCUAAAAGAGGAACGUAUGCGAGUGCUGCGGCGGACAGAGAGCGGAGGGGCCAGUAUUGGUGUUGAGUGCGUUUGGGAUCUGAGCGCCCGCAUGGAAAUAUCACUACGGUCGUUGUAGCAUGAGCACCACGUAUAUAUGCUCACUCAAGUCCAUUGCGCAUUCGUAGCUGUACCAGCAUCUUCUU